UUUAAGAUUGUCAUUGAAGGUGUAAGAGGACUUUCCUAUUCAAGCGAUAUUGCCAUCGACAACAUUAAAUUGACAAAGGGUAUAUGUCAAAGGCUAGUCAUCCAAACGCUGCAUGCCUUCAUGAAGACAGAUCCUGUGGAUUUCAAACUGGACCGAACUCCUGUUCAUAGUGGUUGGAUUUAUCAGUUCACGUUACAAGCUCUUCAAACUAGAAACAGCUCAACAGACGUAAUAUACUUUGUUUACCCAACGGAUUCAGUCUUUUGUCGUAAAAGUGUCACUGUGCAGCUCUCAUUGAAUGAUCUUCAGUGUUUCCCUCUAGACUUCCUUUAUUCUUCAACAACAUCGUACCAAGAAGGCUACAGAAAGGUGCUGCUUAAGAGAUAUCAAAAGCAUAAGAACGUUUUCCUCUCCUCUCUGCAGCUAAGGUUAAUUGCAUCAACCGUUUACCCAGGUCGCGUAUCCAUAUCCACGUUACUUAUACCUAUUUUAAACAUUGCAGUACCUGACUCCUGUCCUCCAGGAUGGCGAAGAUUUGACGAAACUUGUUUCCAAGUACACCUACUUCGUAAGAAAAAUUGGGGCGACGCUAGACUCGAUUGCUGGACCCGUGGGGGACGUCUUGCUGUGAUAAAAAGUGGAUUGGAGCCUCACAAAAUAACUAAAUUUACUGACGAUUAUUUAGACCAAUUGAGUUAUUUUUAUACUGGUGCUUAUGCUGCGCAUACCAAUAAUGGGCAAUGGAUCACAGUUAAAAAUGAGUCUUUCCCUUUCAACAAGUACUUCUCCCUGUGGGGUCCAUACGAGCCUUCAGGGGAUGGUUGGUGCGGCGAUCUGAUUUUAGGAGAAAAAUGGAAUGAUUAUUGGAAAGGGAAAGGCUGGCGAAUUAAUGAUGGAGACUGUUUAACAAAGGAAGCAUACAUCUGCCAAAGGCAAAAACACGUUUCAAGAUCUUGUGAAGAUGGCUGGUUCGAAGCGGAUGGAAUAUGUUUUAGAAUAUCUGGAAAUCAUACUUACGUCACCUGGGACACAGCCCGUGAACGUUGCUUACAACAGGGGGGCGACUUAGCCAUUGUUGAUUCUGAGAUUAAAAGGCAAAUCAUCGCCAGCUAUCUCACUGUGAUAGAUAAUCUAUUCCCGGAUGUUAACGUACAAGCGUUUAUAGGAAUUCGAAAGUUCGGCACCUGGCAGUGGUUAGGGGGAAACAUAAUCUCAACCAACAUUUGGCACAGUGGAUAUCCUCAUGCUCUUUGGAGUGGAGAGUGUGGUGCUCUAGUUAGGGGCUCUUUGGAAUGGAAGCUUUUGCAGACAUCUUGCUCUUACACGCUAGGCUACAUGUGUGAAACACACGAGAGUAAGUGCUUUUGCAUGGUCAGUGUUAUUGCAUGGUUUUCGUUUCUUGCUGUCAGCAAGAGAGGACUAAUAUUCUCAGUGAUGUAUGAAGAGGUUCAUCAAAAAAAUUGGGGCGACGCUAGACUCGAUUGCUGGACCCGUGGGGGACGUCUUGCUGUGAUAAAAAGUGGAUUGGAGCCUCACAAAAUAACUAAAUUUACUGACGAUUAUUUAGACCAAUGGAGUUAUUUUUAUACUGGUGCUUACGCUGCGCAUACCAAUAAUGGGCAAUGGAUCACAGUUAAAAAUGAGUCUUUCCCUUUCAACAAGUACUUCUCCCUGUGGGGUCCGUACGAGCCUUCAGGAGAUGGUUGGUGCGGCGAUCUGAUUUUAGGAGAAAAAUGGAAUGAUUAUUGGAAAGGGAAAGGCUGGCGAAUUAAUGAUGGAGACUGUUUAACAAAGGAAGCAUACAUCUGCCAAAGGCAAAAACACGUUUCAAGAUCUUGUGAAGAUGGCUGGUUCGAAGCGGAUGGAAUAUGUUUUAGAAUAUCUGGAAAUCAUACUUACGUCACCUGGGACACAGCCCGUGAACGUUGCUUACAACAGGGGGGCGACUUAGCCAUUGUUGAUUCUGAGAUUAAAAGGCAAAUCAUCGCCAGCUAUCUCACUGUGAUAGAUAAUCUAUUCCCGGAUGUUAACGUACAAGCGUUUAUAGGAAUUCGAAAGUUCGGCACCUGGCAGUGGUUAGGGGGAAACAUAAUCUCAACCAACAUUUGGCACAGUGGAUAUCCUCAUGCUCUUUGGAGUGGAGAGUGUGGUGCUCUAGUUAGGGGCUCUUUGGAAUGGAAGCUUUUGCAGACAUCUUGCUCUUACACGCUAGGCUACAUGUGUGAAACACACGAGAGGAACUAUGUAUCCGGCCGACCGACAAGCCACGUUUCCCCGGUUGAAACUAUUGGUAACUCAUUCCACGUUGUGGAUGGCAACAUCGCUUCAUGCUUCACGAUCAAAGGGAAAACUGGCCAGCGGGUUUGGUGGAGUGUAACUCUGAAAAGUGCAGCAUUUGUUUACAAGAUCUGGAUCAUUAAUAGACCAGACUGUUGUCUGACAGAAUUGUCAGACCUUCAGGUGAUUUUGAGGAACAACGAGAUCUCCGCAUUAAAGGCGGACUGCGAAGUUUACGAGUGGAAAGCGGAAAAAAGAAGACUACUGAUGUGUGAACCAUCGAUAUUGGCAACAAACGUAACUAUAUUGGCUGACGAAGCAGAAGUUCUCAGCCUCUGUGAAGUUUUAAUAACCGCGACAGACAAGAAAACAACUGUUCAUGGUGUUCGCCAGGAACUUUGGUAUAAAAUACGUUUGGGAACGAUAGCAAGUUUGCGGGACGAUAAGAGGUUUCCAAACAACCCUGAUCUUGUGAACAUUCUUCAAAACUUUGAUGCUCCGUAUAAUUUUCACUCAAGUUACGGGCAGCGUCUGACAGCAUAUCUUCAGGUAAUUCUCUUAACCUACAUCGAUAAAAUGUACCUUCAUAGAAUGUUAGCUGUAAAAUGGUUUUCUCCCUGUAUGAAACUUCUUUAGGAAAUUCGUUCUAACGAAAUUUUUGUGUGGAAAUGCAAUCAUGCAAACGUAUUUUCAUCAGUCGCCAGUAAACCUGAUUUUACAAAACAUGCAACGAUAACCAGUUGGGUGCUUGCAAGCCAAUUACCAGCGGUUAAACAACCUCAAUUUUCUUUUUUUUUUUUCCUUCCUCAAGGUUCCAGAAAGUGGUAAUUACACAUUUUAUGUUGCCUGUGAUGAUGCUUGUGAGCU